AUGGAUACAUAACAAACCUAAUUUCCAAGAAAAUAUUUUAUCAUAGAAUAGGUAGAUUAAGGAUUAUAUGAUUGGGCUCUGUGCGAGUACUUUAAUAUGUUAAGAUACCUGUAAAAGACUAAUGCUAAAUUAGUUUUCACAAAUUCAUCCUAUUUCGAAGAUCCUACUAGUGAUGAAAAUGAAGAUUACAAGAAAAAUUAUCAACAGCUUUAGGAAGAACACGAAAAAAGGGGAGGAAAUAUGAUAAUUGAACUUAAAGAAAAGAUUGGUAAAUACAUACAAAACCAAGAGAAGCUAGAGUUUGAAGAUGAAAAAAAAAAUGAAAAAAUUUCUGUACCCUUUAAAAAAGUUAUCUUAUUAGAUAUGAGAGCUGAAAAAGAACUUUAACCCUCAGAUUUAGAAAAUUAUGAUGCUUUUGUUUUUGGUGGUAUUUUGGGUGAUCACCCUCCCAAAGAUAGAACUAAAGAAUUAAGAAAUGAAGGAUUUGAAUUGAGAAAAUUGACUAAGAUAUAGAUGUCUACUGAUACUGCAGUUUUAGCCUCAAAGAUUAUUAUGUAUGAUAAGGUUAAAUUAGAAGAUAUUCCUUUUGUAGAAGAACCAGAAAUAGAAAAGAAAGAUUAAAAAGGUAAAAUUACAGAAUCAUGCUAAAUGGAAGGAUUUACAUAUGUCAGUGCUUAAUACGACCCAGAAAACUCAGUUUUUGUCAAUGAUCCUAGUCUUAGAAACGAACCUCUUAUGCAUCCUAAAAUUAAAAAUGAACUCUUAUUUGUAGAUUUCGAUUUUAGUUGA